GCAUCAUGGAGACGUCAGCAAGGGGACUCGGUGGGCCGAACAGGAAGUCGGCAGCGCAUGUGUCGGCGCGUGGAGAAGCUGCCCCAUUCCUGCUUCCGUGUCCCAUCUGGAGCUAUGAGUCGUCCUGUGACAUGUGUUGCCUGGGUGUCCCAAGGUGUUGCUAAGGAGACGCCCGACAUGGUACAGCUUGAUAAGGAAGAACUGAAGCAUUUGAUUACUGAAGCUAAAGAGAGAUUGCAGGUAGAGGAGGAGGAUGGAGGUGGACAAGAGGAAACCUCAGGUGCCAUGGAUGUUGCUGAGGCUGAGGCAGCUAGCUCUGCUGCCAAGGAUGAGGACGCUGAUAAGCUAGAUGAUGAUGAAUUGGCAGAAUAUGACUUGGAUAACUAUGAUGAAGAAAAUGCAGGUACUGAGGACAUUGGAGAGAUCUUUGCAGGGCUUACAGUAUACGGAGCUAAUGAAAAUGAUCCAUAUAUCACUAUAAAAGAUACUGACCAAUAUGAGAGAGACGACUUUGUAAUUAAGCCAGAUGACAAUCUUGUUGUAUGUGGCAGAGUUGAUAAGGACCACUGCAGUUUAGAAAUUCAUGUUUAUAAUCAUGAAGAAGAUUCCUUUUACGUCCAUCAUGAUCUUAUUUUAUCUGCAUACCCCUUAAGUGUGGAAUGGAUGAACUUUGAUCCUAAUCCCAAUGAUUCUGCAGGAAAUUAUAUUGCUGUUGGCACAAUGAAUCCUGUUAUUGAAAUAUGGGAUCUUGACAUAGUGGAUUCUUUAGAGCCAGUCCUUUCACUAGGAAAUAAGAAGGCAAAAACAAAGAAAAAGAAACAGAAGAAGAAUUUAUCCAGAGAAGACCAUCAGGGGCAUACUGAUGCAGUACUCGAUCUUUCAUGGAAUAAACAUCUCAGAUCUGUCUUGGCAAGUGGCUCAGCUGACCAUUCUGUAAUUCUUUGGGACAUGUCCAGGGGCACAACGGCAGCAAAUAUUUCUCUUCACACAGACAAGGUGCAAACACUGCAGUUUCAUCCAUUUGAAACACAGACUCUCAUUUCUGGCUCUUAUGACAAAUCAGCCAUCUUAUAUGACUGCAGAAGUCCACAGGACAACCAUAGAACCUGGAGAUUUAGUGGACAAGUUGAAAGAGUGACUUGGAAUCAUUUUUCACCUCAUCACUUCUUAGCUAGCACAGAAGAUGGAUUUGUAUACUGUCUUGAUGCUCGUUCACAUAAACCAGUCUUCACAAUGAAAGCUCAUAAUGAAGAAGUAUCUGGACUACAGUUAAGUAGCCAGAUCAAAGGAUGUCUUAUAACAACAUCUUCAGACAAAUGUGUGAAAAUCUGGGACAUUCUGGGGGAGAAGCCUACUUUAGUCUAUUCCAGAGAUAUGAAAAUGGGUGCCCUCUUCUGUGCAGCUUGUUGUCCAGAUCUGCCAUUUGUCUAUGCCUUUGGAGGAGAGAGGCAGGGACUACAGCUCUGGGACAUAAGCACAGUUUCUGCAGUGAAUGAUGUUUUUGGAACUCGACAGAGGCUAGCAGUCGCCACAUCAAGUUCUGAAGGGAAGAAUUCUGCUAAUAGCAGUAGCAGCUGUGGAGAAGCUGCAGUGGAACCAUGAAAUAGGUUUAUAUUGUUUUUUACGAAAGUACUUCAUCUUGAAACAUACUAGGUAAACCAAAUGUUGUUAUAUUUUUUGACCUGCUUUUAAGACCAUGUUACUAGGAAGCUCAGACUUGCUCUUAAAGCUUUUCUGAGUUGUUAACCAGCUAGAAAUUAGAAUAUGCCAGUACUAAAACACUAGCAGUAAUAUAACAAAUUAAUCUUCCAAUGCAUUCAUUUGUGUUAAGAAAGAUACACUUAGCCAUUCUGAUGCAUAUACGUUACCUUAAAUCCUUUGGCAUUGGCCAUCCAUGGUUUAAAAGCUGCUGUCUAAUUAUGCUAGCCAUUUUUCUGAGAACUCAAAGGAAGCUGUCUAUGUGGAAAGUUUUAAAUGCACUGUUCUUAAUCAGGAUUGGAUACCAUGUCAAAACAUGUUAUCUCUGAGCCUAUAUAAAUAUAUUAUCAAUCAAGGCUAAUUAAUAAAAUCCAACUUGGCAUAAAUAAAAUGACUAAGGUUAACGAUCUUGAGUUUAUCUCUCUGAUACAAAUCAUUAAUUUAAAUGUAUUUCUAGGAGAACCAUCAAUGUCAGCUUACUUAACAUUGCCUGAAAAGUGUAAUGUACAGAUAAAUUAAUGGUUUAAUUUAAUAAAGCAAAAAUGCUAUGAUGAAAAAACAAUUCCUAAACACCAGGAAAAAACUCGGGGGGGGGGAACUGAGUACAAACAUUAAAAAGCAGUUAUUUUAAUUAUCUGUAAGGAAACAAAUCUGAAUGAUAGCUUCAAUCCAUAAAUAUAUUAGCAGCAGAAUUUCCCUUUCAAAGUAAGUGGUUACCAGUUACAGUAUAGACAAUACUAUAUGAAUAACCAUUGUAUGUCAAACUCAUGCUAAAACUAAGCCUGCAUUUCAAACACAAGCAUUAGCAUGCCUUACUGUAUGGAUCCCAUAGUACACUUUUGCUUUCUAAUCCUCUGAAAUGCUCAAUUGUCAACAGAUGAGCAAAUAAUUCAUUGGUAUACAACAAAUAUCAACUUUAUGAACUUUCUAAGAGCCAAAAGUAAUUUAUCCAAUAAAAAGCACUAUACUGCAAUGAAAAAAUUUGGUUUGUGUAUACUGUCACAUUAAAAGUACCUUUAAUAGAGA